AUGUGGUUUAGGUUUAAAUUUAUAUUUGAGGUUGUGUUUAAAAGUGGAACUGGGGAUUCGAAAGGGUCAGGGACGGAAUCAGCCUUGAGUUUUGGAAGAAGAUUUGGAAAAUUUGGUGAGAGAGAGGUAUUUAAUAAUGGUGCUCUGGGUUUGAUUUUCCGUGGAUGUCCCCUCUUUUUGGGGAUGGGUGGAGGGGAUUCUUGA